AGUCGGCUGUAUGCAGGCAUACUAAAAUUUAAGCUGUCUUGAAUAUUCUAUAUAUCAGGAUGCAACUAAAAUCUGCAAUGAUGUAUGUUGUGGACUUCAGAAGGGCUGUCUUUUAUCAAAAAUGUCAUGACCCUGAUUGCAAAGGGUAUCGAUCUCCCACCCGUCCACUCCCGAUAGAUAUAGAUACUGCAGCUUUUAUGAGUACGUCGCAGACAGAUGAUUACAAGUCAAUGAGUAAUAACCUCGACUAUCAAUGUGGUAAUACCGGUUUAGAGCAUAAUUCUUGUGGUAAAGAUCUGGGGAGCUGCAACCAAAAUAGUUGGUGGCUUGAGGCCAUGAGAGUUGCUGAUGAGAUUGAAAGUAAGAGAAAAGCCCAGGAGCAUGAACCGGAAUUAAUUGAUGACGAAGAUUAUGAGUGGUGGUUGGCUGCGGAAAGGACUGCAUCCCAGGCUGAACAUAAGCAACUCGACUCACAUUAGUUCAACGGCUAUAUAUUUUAUCUGUAUCUUUAUUUAAUUGGUCUGAAGUUGAGAGCUUUCUUCAAGCAGAGAACACUGCGCGAUCAGUCAAUUGUCAACGUGCUCAAGCUGAUGAAGAAUGUAAAGAAAAUUUUGUUGAAGGAUAUUUCAAUUACGUCCGUGAAUGUCUUCUGCAUAUCUCAAUAUUUACAUUAAGUACUAUGGACUCCCGAGAAUAGCAAGUAACUUCCUCGGACUGGUUCUGUUGGUGGAGUGAAGAAUAAGAAAAAGACCAAAAUUAUAUAAGGUUCUGGUAAGAUCGUGACAAGAUGCUAAGCAGCAUACAUUUGUCAUACAAUCGAAAGAAGUCUAGGGUUGGUAUGGAGUUUCGCUAUUCAUACAAUUCAGAUUCGGG